AUGAUGAAACGUGCCCGCAUUCACAUCUACAAGGUCUGGAAGGCACCGAACCGGAACGACAUACAAAACACGGUGGCCAAAACCUGCGCCUGGAAGCUGUAUCGGGUAUGGCUGACGAAACGGAGGUACGUCGUGAUUGACGACGAGACUUACAUCAAGGCGGACACAAAGCAGUUGUUGGGGCAGGAGUCUUACGUUGCCACAUCACGGUUGGCCGUUCCUGAGGAGGUAAGGAAGAAGAAGGUGGCCAAAUUCUCCAGAAAGUUCUUUGUUUGGCAGGCCACCUGUGGGUGCGGCAAGAUAAGCCUGCCGGACAUCACCAUGGAUACCAUCAACGACAAAUCUACCGGGACGACGUUGCCGGAUGAGGGAGAGCUCACCGAAGCCCCUCUUGAGGACUGCUGGAGCAACGUGAAAGCAGCUAUUAACAGCGCUGUUGAAGGCGCCGCUGGGUUCGUUGAGCGGAAUCGUCGAAACGAUUGGUUCGACAAAGAGUGUCAGACGGUUUUGGACGAGAAGAACACAGCGCGGGCGGCGAUGCUGCAGCAAGGAACCCGUCAUAAUGUAGAGCGAUAUAAACAGAAGCGAAGACAGCAAACCCAUCUUUUCCGGUAUAAGAAGCGCCACCUGGAAGAGCUGGAGAGCGAAGAAAUGGAGCAGCUGUAUCGUUCUCAAGAAAUACGCAAGAUCUACAAGAAACUCAACGCAUCCCGCCAAGGCUUUGUGGUGCGAGCCGAAAUGAGUCGGGAUAAGGAAGGGGGUAUCUUAACGGACGAACGUGAGGUGAUUGAAAGGUGGAAGCAGCACUACGAUGAACAUCUGAACGGCACAAAGGCGGAGGACCAAGGUGGCAGGAGAAAUGGCUUCGUCGGUACAGUGGAUGUGGGGGAUAUGCCAGCUCCCAUGAUUGGUGAAGUUAAGGAUGCUAUCCGUUAG